GCGUCUGCUUCUGACAUCACCCCUUCUGAAGUUACAGAUAUGGCAAUGCCUCUCCUGGAGACGGCUUAGUCUUCUUGAGACUGGAAGACUAAAGCAGGCGUCGUUAUGUCGCUCAACUGGUCGUCCAAGGAGCAGAAAACCCAGAACCAGCCGUCAGCGGCUGGACAGAAGCGAGCGCGCAACGACGCGACGGGGAACAAGGUGACGGUGGUUCUCGGUGCGCAGUGGGGAGACGAAGGAAAAGGGAAAGUUGUCGACCUUUUGGCCACCGAAGCUGACAUUAUCUGCCGAUGCCAGGGGGGCAACAAUGCAGGACACACAGUGGUAGUGGACGGCAAAGAGUAUGAUUUCCACCUUCUCCCCAGUGGAAUCAUAAACACCAAAGGCAUUUCACUCAUCGGUAACGGAGUGGUCAUACAUCUACCUGGACUGUUUGAAGAGGGGGAUAAAAAUGAGAAGAAAGGUCUGAAAGGCUGGGAGAAGAGACUGAUAGUUUCAGAUAGAGCUCACCUGGUCUUUGACUUCCACCAAGUUGUUGAUGGCUUACAGGAGACAGAAAGACAAGCGCAGGAAGGAAAGAACAUUGGAACAACAAAGAAGGGCAUUGGUCCAGCAUAUUCCAGCAAAGCUUCUCGCAUUGGGCUGCGUGUAUGUGACCUGUUGGGCGACUUCAAUGACUUCUCCACCAGAUUUAAGAAUCUUGUGCAUAAUUACCAGUCCAUGUAUCCCUCCUUGACAGUUGAUGUUGAUGACCAACUAAAAAAACUAAAGGAUUUUGCAGAGCGAUUGCGCCCAAUGGUCAGAGAUGGAGUCUAUUACAUGUAUGAGGCUCUUCAUGGACCUCCAAAGAAGAUUCUGGUUGAAGGGGCCAAUGCUGCUCUUCUUGAUAUUGACUUUGGCACAUAUCCUUUUGUGACUUCAUCAAACUGCACUGUGGGAGGGGUGUGCACUGGACUCGGCAUCCCACCACUCAAUAUUGGUGAUGUGUUUGGUGUAUCCAAGGCCUACACCACCAGAGUGGGAAUUGGAGCCUUUCCCACAGAACAACUAAAUGCAGUUGGAGAGUUACUCCAGACAAGAGGUCAUGAAGUUGGCGUGACCACAGGAAGGAAGCGGCGCUGCGGCUGGUUGGAUCUUGUCAUUCUCAGAUAUGCUCAUAUGAUUAAUGGCUUUACUGCCAUUGCUUUGACAAAACUUGAUAUUCUGGAUGUGCUUGAUGAAAUUAAAGUCGGAGUUGCCUAUAAACUUAGUGGGAAGAGAAUCCCUCAUUUCCCAGCCAACAUGGACAUUUUGCACAAAGUGGAGGUGGAAUAUGAGACCUUCCCCGGUUGGAAGACAGACACAUCUGCAGCCAGGAAGUGGAAUGAUCUCCCAGCCAAGGCACAGAGCUACAUUCGUUUCAUUGAGAACCACAUUGGAGUCCCCAUCAAGUGGGUUGGUGUUGGAAAGUCCAGAGAGUGCAUGAUCCAGAUGUUCUAAACCAAAAUACAACUCACAGAAGAAAGGACUGGCACAAAGGGGCAUGUUUUAGCCGCAAAGAAAUGUUCUCUUUGAAAAAAAGAAUUAAAAAAAGAGAUAUGUAUACAACAAAUGAGAUGUAUCAAUCAAGUGUUUUCUGAGGCAAUCAAACAUACCCGGUUUUGAAGGUGCUACAAUGAGCAGCAAUAUAAAAGCUUACAGGAAUGUCCUCAAAGCUAUCAACAAAGUUUCUAUCUAUCUAUCUGAACUAAUGUAUAUGUAAAGAAGAUUUCCAAAGCUUGAUAUACUAAAUUAUAAUCUAACCCUACAUUGAACUUCCCUAUAACUUUUUUUCCAGAUGAGCUAAAUGUUAAAAGUGUUUGUUCACUAACAAAACUCUGAGAUCUCUGUAAAUUUGUAUUUAUAUUGAAAGUAAAUUACAAACAGGUGGACUAUAUUUACUAAUUAGAUCAUUUCUGAUUGCUUGAUUGGCUGCACUAGAUUUUAGGGGUAUCUGAGUCUAGCGAGAGUAAUACUAAAGCCUCAUGAAGCAAUGAAGCUUUCCAGCCCUUUGCUUUGCAAAAAGGUUCAUUACUCGAUGCUUCAUUCAUUGCUCACUAGUGACAUCUGCUGGAGAAACUGUAACAGUCUUGUCACUCAGGUGGAUCAUGCUUCCAAAAAUUACUAAAUGCAAUAUUGUCAAAGUUUUCAUCAAACUCAUAUUUAGUAACAGGAGAAUCAAUGAACCCAUAUUUAAUUGUCAUAUGUUUUAAUUAUUAAAAUUAUUUGUAGCCAAUCUAAGCCUGGUUUAUGUUGAAUGUCAGUGGUUGUAUUGGGUUCUUUUAUGUCAGAUUGAUUUGACAAUAAAGACAUUUGACGUUU